CAAAUUUCAAUCUUACCUAAAUUUGUUUUACUUGUUUAUCUUCGAUUCCAAUAAUACGGAAUAUGUUUGAUAUAAGGAUAUUAGUUUUAGCGGUGAUAGCAACACUCCUUCCGAAAGCGCUUGGCUUUGUAAGGUGCCCGAAAGUCGACUGGCCUUACGACUAUGUUUGUUUCAAUGACGAGUACUGUUGUGAAGUUGAACAAUGCUGUAAAGAUGAACAAUGCUGCGACCAUAUUUCGUUCGGUGCAAUGGUGGGAAUUUCAUUCGGAGUGUUCGCUUUUGUCUGUAUUGUGAUGUUCUGCUGCUUCAUAAAACAUGCACAAAGAGGAGUCAUUCGUCCAAGCAAUGAUGUAGGUCAGGAACCAGCAGUCGUACACAUAUCACCUCGCGCCGAACGGACUUCUGAACAGACAACAAGGAUAGAGUUACCCGAUCCCAUCACGCGACUUCACCAACCAACCAGAGUGUCGUACUCCUCAUCGCGCCAGCAACCCACAACGACUUGGACAACCAGCGAACCAGACCUACCUAUGUACGGAUACGAUUCGUACAGCAACCAUUCCCCUCCACCCUCGUAUACCAGCCAACAAGAAUAUUCGCCGCCUCCAACCCCACCUCCUGUUACAUUCACUCGACGAACUGGACACUAG